AUGGAGGCUUGGUAUGGCCCGAAGACGUCGUUUCAGGGCAAAGAGCUGACUGUGGUGGUAAAGAGGAACAUCAUCAAGAUGAUUUUGAGAGGGGGUCUCGGCCUUUCGCUCGAGAUCUCUAAAAUGAGCCACGGAGUUAGGACAACACCGCUUCGAAUCGUGCCCAUGAGUGAGUGGAAGCAGCUGGAGACGAAGUACGGUGGGCUGAAGGCAAGUCUCGAGAGGACCAAGGCGCUUCGGGGCAGGUGCUUGAUCAGCGGGGGUGCGGAUCCAUCCAGCCCUGACAAGCUCGGGUGA